UUCAAUAUUCACCAUUACGAUAUUUCGGUAGACCAAGUCGUACUCUAGUGGUUCAUCUUUUGGCAGAAUUUAGAUAAUGUGUAAAAUCUGGUAUAACCGCUUUUUCUAAAUCGUGCGAGACAAUAUAGUGCAUCUAUGUGAAAUUUAAUCAGAUAAGCUGUAAAUAAUUCAGAUUUCCUGCAUGUUAUAUCCUAUAUAGUGUGAAUCGGUACAAGUUUUUGUCUAUUAACCAAGGGGCGUGAUAUGCAAAACAAUGUCUAACUCUGCAGCCCGGGUAUGGUAUUUUUUUUCUAAUUACGUCCGUGAAUCCUGGGAAUCGUUUUCGUAUCGCCAUCCAGAAAACAUUUUUCUUUUCGGAGCAAUCAUCGCAACAUUUUUAUUGAUACCCUUUCUAAGCAGCAACUACAUAUAUACUACACUUUGUACUUCGAGCUUGGAAGCUGAGCAGAAUUUUCUUUUGGUUAUAAUCAUUCUAACAGCUGGUUUUUUAAUAUCUAUAUUAAAAAACAACCAUACCAUACCCUCGAAUAGCAAACUGGAUAACAUAUUUCUUUCUGUUGCAUUUACCGUAAUAACUACAUUAUUGAUAUAUUUAACCAUACUUAAACAGGACUUAACCCUUCCUUCUUUUUCCGAUCUUUUUAAUUCUAUCAUUCCCUUUAAUUAAUCCUUUGAUGGGUUUCCAUUUUGUUUUUCGUUUUCUUUUAUUUCCGAUCGGAAUGCAACGAGUGCAAAGUACUCGUAACAAAACUAACUAAGCAUCGAAACAAUGAGUAAUGUUAUAUGUCAGGGCCUUCGCUCUCCUGUACGAAGGUUAGCAGUAUUGAGUAAAACAAAAGCCAUAUCAACCUCAAUAGUACACAAUGAAACCAUACUAGUCAAGAAUAAUGAUGAGUUUGUUAAUAAGGUAAUGAAUAAUGAGAAGCCGGUUAUAGUGAAUUUCCAUGCAGAAUGGUGUGAGCCUUGUAAAAUACUCACACCGAAACUGAAGGAACUCAUCGAGCCCCUCACCAACUUAGAUCUGGCUGUCGUAGAUGUAGAAGAUAAUGCUGAACUAGUCCAUGCAUUUGAAGUAAAGGCGGUGCCAGCUGUUAUCGCGAUUAAAAACGGCCUCAUAGUCGAUAAGUUCAUUGGCUUGGUUGAUACUGAUAUGAUAAAUAACCUAAUAGACCGGAUGUGUGGUAAAAAGAAGGCAACUUAAAUGAAAAAUUAAAAUGUUCUGUUAGUUUGUUUAUAUCUUGCCUACGACGAUUGUUUUAAUGGACCAUAGUUAUUCUUAGACUUAUUUAAUUUGUUUUUAUUUAAAUGAAGACUCAAAAUGAAAGCAUUGUUAGAAUUAAUUGAAAAGUAUAUGACUUAUUAUGUAUAUUGAUUUUAAAAUAAAUUUAUUUGUAAUAUUGAAUUUAUUAUAAAAUACGUAAUGAAGGGUACAAUGGAUGUAAAAAACGGCGUGACAAUAUAAGGGAAGCUUAUUUAGAAUAUACGGAAAAAGGGGUAAACACUUUAAUU